UGUGUGUGUGAGAGAGCAGUGGUCCAGCCCACGCGGCUCGGUCGCUAUGGAGAGCAGCAGCAGCACAGUGAACCAGAGAGCGGAGCAGAACACACACACACUCACACACACACGGGAGUCAUGGAGGACACACCAGCGCGCAGACGGACUUUCCCAGCCCGCGGAGGACUGCGGCUCCUGGCGUCGCUGCUCGCCCUGUGCGGACUCACCUGCGUGAGCAGCAACCACGUGAUCGUCCCAGCGACAGUGAAUGCCGUGCUGGGGAAGAACAUCACACUGGGCUGCAGAAUAGAGGUGGGCUCCAACCUCAGUCUCACACAGAUCUCCUGGGAACGUCGUCUUCCGUCAGGCACCAUAACCCUGGCAGUGUACAACCCCAAGUACGGAAUCUCGUUCUCUGACGAGUACAUCCAGCGCGUCUCAUUUGUUUCCCCUUCAAUACAAGAUGCAACCAUCACCCUUAAAGAAGUUGGCUUUGCAGAUACCGGGUCCUACAUCUGCAAAGUGGCAACGUUUCCUCUGGGCAAUACACAAGCGUCAACCUUCCUCAAUGUAUUAGUGGAGCCAAAAGUGUACGUGUCCGCCGGCCCCACCGCUCUGCUGGACGGAGGGAACGAGUCGCUGGUGGCCACCUGCAUUGCGGAGCGCGGCCGGCCCGCCGCUGAGGUUUUCUGGGAGACGGAGCUGUACGGGCGCAGUGAGAAGCAAAGUCAGGAUGAGCCCAACAGCACCACCACCAUACAUGUGCACUACAUGUGGCAGCCGCAGAGCUACGCCCAGGGGAAGAUGCUCACCUGUGUGGUGCGCCACCCGUCCCUACAAACAGAGUUCCGCAUUCCCUACAUACUAAACGUACAGUUUGCUCCAAUGGUAACAAUAACUGGACCUGACAAAAACUGGUUCGUGGGUCAAGAGAACGUGAAGUUCGAAUGUGGUGCCAAAUCGAACCCACCUGCCCGUCACUUCACAUGGAUCAGGUUGGAUGGAUUGAUGCCGGAUGGUGUUGAGAUCUCAAACAAUACCUUCGCUUUCACUCGUCCGCUGGAGCGCAAUGACUCUGGCGUAUAUCGCUGUGAAGUGAUGAAUGACAUCGGGCUCCGCAGUCAGAAUGUAAACCUCUGGGUACAAGAUCCUCCCCCCACCACUGCAGCCCCCAGCACCACUGCAUCCCGUCUCCACGACACCUCUGGAACCGGCACUGCUGCGGACCAGCGGAGAGCCCUGUUCACGUCCCCGACCCUGGCGUCCUUACCCGACAGCAGCCUGGGUACUAUCAUAGGCGGGGCAGUGGGUGGAGUUCUGUUCCUGAUCCUCCUGCUGAUCCUGGGUGGGGCAUGUUUUAUGCGCCAGCGCAGAACCUUCAGGGGCGACUACUACACCAAACAAUACCUGGGACCCUCGGACAUGCAGAAGGAGUCGCAGCUGGAUGUGCUGCAGCCACAUGAGCUGCAGGAGGUCUACGGGGACAAGACCAGCAAGGGCAGCCAGGAGCUGAAACCAAAACUGGGUGGAGACAUCAUUUACCCCGACUACACCCCUGAACGCAAGGAUAGGGACGACUGGGCUGACAAGGGAGACGUCCACAGGGGCCUCAAGGAGGGAAACUACUACCCUGAUCACUACAACACCCAAAACAUGCACCCCUGCGGGCCUCCCGUGCACAGCCCCAUAGUGAACAACGGCUCCCCCUACAUACCGGAGGACAGCUAUGACAAUGGUACAGACAGCGACUAUGUGUCCCACAUGGACGGAUCGGUGAUCUCACGCCGGGAGUGGUAUGUUUGAGCGAAGGAGCAAAGGAACAACAAACUGACAAAUGACUGAGGAUAAUCUAACACGGGACGGAGAAAAAAAAUCAUCAAAAGUUGUGUCAUUUCAGUUACAGGAUGAAUAAAAUGUCUCUGCUGAGGUUCACAUUAAGCUCUUCUAUCAAUACUGCUCAGCCUUGAUUGUAACCACUUCACCUUAAGGGUGUUUUUGGAUUGUAUUACACUUUUGUAGCUUUUCACGGAUCUACAAAUACGCUGGACUGUGUAGUCUUCAGAGGCUUUGACAUUCAGAGAAGUUUGAACUGAUCUGACUGAGGUUUUGUAUUCUGCUUGUUUGUGUUGGCAUCAGAUCACUGGUUAGGUGUUCAAACCCUCGUUAUUGAAGUAUUUAUAUCCCUGACUGACCCAGCUCUGCUCCCAUAAAACCUCACAACUUCUGUGGCAUUUUCGAAAAGUGGUCCGUCGACAGCGUUUUCACACAGGUGAUAUGUUCAUGGCCGCAACCAGUAUUUACAGCAAAUUCUAUUGCAUGGUUUUUCUUUUUCGAAAACAAAAAUGUAUCAUCAAGCUAAAGGGAAAGUCACAUGAAUAAAAGGGAGAAUUACACAGACUUUGUACUGUGGGAAAAGAAAGAUGAGACAUUACCAAAAACACUGAGUAUCUUCUGUAAAUUAUCUAUGAAGUGGUAACUGUGUCAGCUGACAGAGAGAGAGGUCACUCCCAGUCAAAGUAACUUUACUUUCAAACAAACUCAUGUUGUUUUGAUGAACUGUUCUUUGAAAAAUACAACUGUGAUCUGAUUUCAUUUCUCCACACACAAAAAAACAGGACAGAACAAAGUUGCCUUACGGAGAAAUGAAAAUGCUGGAAAUUCCUCUUUUUUUCAUUUUGCAGACGCACGUUCAAUGAAUAAUCGCAGUUAGUGCUAACACUUGUGUUUCCUGUGGCUGUUUCACAAUAAGAGCCACUGCGUGUUAAAUCAGAUGAAUACUUGUUAUGUGAAGCAGCGGCAGAAGGUUGUUUGUGUUGCAGCAGCAUCUUAAUGCAGCUCCUUGUCUUUGUAGAGAGAAAACAGUAGCUGAUGUAUUUGAGUUGGGUUAUAUGGAUGCAUUGUUUUUCUAUUGAUCACUUGUGUUUAGGUAGUGAAGCUGAAUUCAGCUGCAGCCUCCACCAACAAAUACGACUACAUAGAUGAUUACUGAAUGUAAACACAUUAAAUUGCUGCUGUAGAGAAAGUGUCGAGCAUUGAUGGUAUCAAAAAUCAGUGAAAAUGUAAUUAUAACAUUAAUCAAAUACACUCAUCAGUAUUGACAUGUCUUAAUGCAGCCACUUUCUCGCAGUAAAAUAGCACAACUCUUAUUACGCUUGUCAGCAAAGUUCAGAAGAAGCCGACUGGGCCUUGGCGUUCUCCACUUAUCCAUGAUAACAGGCUGCAUCUCUGUCUUCUCCAUUUUCCCUUCCUCCUUAUCCUCUGGGCUCUGACUGCAAAACUAACACCAAUUGGUCAUUAUAGCUUUUUAUUUAAGCAGGGGAUCAAAGCAAAGUGUUAUAAAUACCAGCUGGGACUACAGCAGCUGUCAUCAUCCAACAUUAUGUGGCUCCAUAAACCACCAACAGUUUCACUGCUGCCGCUCGACACGCCACAGCCGUGAUUCAUGGGGGUAAAUAAGCAGAGAAUUGAAACUUAUUGAAGAAGAAAAAGAAAGAAGAGACGCACACAAAGUCAGACUUGGGCUUUAGCUUGGAUGAGUUUGAAGUAUAUUCAAAUACAUUGGAAACAUUGAGAGGGUCUGACGUCACCACUGAUCACAGAACAGGCUUUAAUGUUGGGGUUUGGCUCCUCGGAGGAUGCACAGCAAUCAUGGAAACUAGAAACUUAAUCCAUGAGCGGGAAAAAAAAAGUGCUUUAAGAAAACCACCUAGGUUAGAGCUGCUGCUGCUGCAACGGCUCCCCAAGGGAUUCAGAUGUGUUUUUCUCCUUUUCCUUUACAAACAACCAUCCCGGCCACAUUGAGCUGAAACAAAAGCGUUGACAUCAUCAGUGAUCUCAUCGCUCACUGCGUGAUGCGACCUCUCACUUUUCCACUUUGGACAUAUUCUUUCCCCUCAGGAACGACACGCGGAUCAAAGCGGCCUCUGCUAAAACCUCACAUGGAAGAGCAAACGUACCCUUUUUGGAAACAUCCCCGUUCAAUCAAUCAGGGUGUGUGUUGGAACCAUACAUAUGUGUGUAAUAGUGAGAUCAGGACGUGGGGGAGGGGGUCUGGUAUAUUUUGAGGGCUCCGUCUUUCUUAUUGGGGUUUUAUAGAUUGUGGGUGCACUCUCUUUUUUAACCCUUCUCCACCCAUGUUUUCCCAUGCCAGGGCUUUGGUGGAAGGUUUAGAUGUCUGAGAAUAAACCACUUUAAUCUGUGCAGCUUGCUCUCGCUCUCAUCGUCACACACACACACACACACACACUCGGCCGCCACACAUCUGCCACUGCGGCCCACAGUCAAAGCGCUGUCCUCACCUCAAACCUUCAGCUUUUUAAUUAACUCCGUUUCUCUCUCUCUCUUUCAUCGCACUCGGCAACGAAAGUGCUUCGACUCUGUGAUACUCUGCACAUCCUUGUCUGCAUGUACACGUUUUUUUUUUUUAAAAGGGGGCUGAUUCGUAGCUGUCCACUCGACUUAAAAGCAAAACGAGCUGAAGCGACGAAUGUUCCUUUUGAAUGAGUUUCGAUCGACUGGUUGCAUGUAAAUUAAGUUAUUCGCUGCCCACCGCGCUCAUUAUUUCUCAUCACUUCUGUUUAUAUUCAUGUACAUAAGGCUAAUAGGUUAGCGUAGGAUUAGCUGUCCUCUCGGUUUGAUUUUCUAUGUUUGUGUACAGUUUGUUCUGGACUCCCCUACUGAAUAGUCGGUGCCUUAGAAGGGCUGAGCAAUGCACAGAAACUUUAAAAAAAACAAAAGACAAUUACAGAAAGGAUUUCACGUAGAGACGAUGUUAAUAUCAGUGAACUUUUAUAUUUAAGAUUUGCUGUUAUCGAAGCAUCAGAUCAGACAAAAGGUUGAUUGUCAUGCCUUAUACACUUUGAAAGGACACGUGUAACAAGUCGGUUACAGAGAAAAUAAAAAAUACGAGUUUCACUGGGAAAUGAGGCAAGCCAGAUUCAAAGAAAAUAUUAUUGUCCUGUAAAUAAGCUGGCUGUUUUUUUUAUUAUUAUUAUUGAAAUGAAAUCUUAUUUUUUGUAUGAGGUCUGUAAUUUUCACAGAGUAUUAGUUUAUGUUAAAAGUGUCCGAGGAGCUCGUGUCACAUGGUAACGUUAGAGGGCGAUCCUGUUUUCACUGCAUCUCUCCGUUUGUUCUCGAGCAUUUCUGACCAAUUGUUUUUUGUAUGUUGUUCUUUGAAUGAUCGAUGUCUCACAGGAAUCAGAGAUGAAAGUGCAGUAGCUUGUAUUUUGUUCCUUUGUUUGCAAUAAAAGACCAUUAUUGCUCUCAA